AUGUUAAAGUUAAUUUCUCAGUUCACGAGUAUACAAUUUAAAGUGAUUUUUUUGUAUUUUUAUCUAUUUUUUUUUGUUUUUUUUUUGUUUUUUUUUCUAUAUUUAUGUGUUUUUUGUUAUUUUGUGUUUUUGAUUUUUGAUUUUUUUCUUAAUUUAUGUGUUUUUAUUGUGUUUUUGAUUCAUUUAUUUUUGUUAUUUUUUCAUUUUUUAUUUUAUACAUUCAUUUUUGCUCAUUGA